AUGAGUUCAAAUCAAAGUCUGAAAAGGGGUGCUCCUGAAAUGCAUCCUGAAAAUGCACCCGUGAAGCGGGUGAAGCUUGAUAAAAUAUAUCGUCUAAUGUCUCUGUACAAGAAACUAGGUGCUGAAAUAAAAAAAAUUGAUGACCGAGAAAUAUCCUUCUCUGAUGAUUAUGAUGAUAUUGAAGAAUCGAGGGUCUUGCAACGGCAUAGAAAGUUAUCCCAGAAGCGUGUUGCCAUCUACGAAUAUUUGGCGAAAAGAGGUGUACUAGUAGAUGAAAAGAACAGACUACUGUAA